AUGGCGACUACUCAACUAAAUCAGAUCAGAGUGUUUCUCUGGAAGAUUAUCAAAGGAGCUUUACCUAUAGGAGCGAACCUGGAGGCAAGAGGACUAACUGCUAAUACGAAAUGUGUCUUCUGCGGACUACAAGAAACAUUGGAUCAUCUAUUCAUCUCAUGUCAGUUUGCGACAUCAGUCUGGGAGGCUGCACCAUUUUCAAAUGUACAAGCCACUCUAGAAACAACAAAUUUCACAUCAGCGCUGCAAGCAUCGCGCAAGCUAGUAAACUUGCCUCCAACUGGCGUACACCUCAUCUCCUUGUUCCCAUGGAUUGUUUGGACCAUAUGGUUAACUAGGAACCAGAGGAUCUUCCAGAACAGAGAAUUCGAUGGAAGUGCCACACUGACAAAAGCAAUCACUGGCGCUAGAGAAUGGCAACAAGCACAACAAGAGGUACACCGAGCAAUAGAACUUCAGACAGACCCGGAGAUACAACCAACAUCAACCAUCAUCAUCAACACGGAUGCAGCCUGGAAGGAGAAGACAAAAACGGCUGGAAUUGCUUGGAUCUUCUAUGAUGUCAAUGGGAAGCCGUUUCGACAAGGAAGUGGAACAGAAGAAUGGGUGAGCUCUCCAAUCAUGGCAGAGGCGCUUGCCAUCCGUGAAGCACUCUUACAAGCUCAAGGUCAUGGCCAUAUCAACAUCGCAAUCAGAUCGGACGCCCAGAUACUAAUCAGGGCAAUCAACGGAAGAGACCAAAUCAAGGGAAUUUAUGGAAUCCUUCAGGACAUCCACAACUUAACUUGUUAUCUCUCCACCUCUGUUUUCUCGUUUAUUUCUCGCAAAGACAAUGUUGCAGCGGACAACCUUGCUAAGAAGGCUAUGUUAAACUUCUUCAACUGCAUGUAA